AUAUGGAUUAUGCAUCAUACCGAAGCUCCUUAUUUGACAUCAAUUAUGACAGAUAGUAACGUAUUCAAUUGGACUUCAGAUUAUCGCAGGGACAGUGAUAUACCGAAUCCGUACGGGUACUUUGUGGAAUACAAACCUCCCCUACCACGGAUAGAAAGAAAUUAUGCGGAGGGAAAAACCAAGAAAGUCGCGUGGUUAGUUUCGAAUUGUAAUCCGCACAGCAAUCGUACGCUCUACGCCAACGAACUAGCGAAUUACAUUUCGGUCGACAUAUAUGGUUACUGCGGAGUUCUCAAAUGUCCUCGAGACAAAGAUAACAGUUGCUUGAAAAUGUUUCGAAAGUAUUACAAAUUUUAUUUGGCUUUCGAGAAUGCGCACUGUCGUCAUUAUAUAACCGAGAAAUUGUUCCGGAACGCGCUCAGUCAUGACAUGUUGCCGAUCGUUAUGGGACCGAGUCGCAGCGAUUACGAAUUGGUGGCGCCGAAGAACUCGUUCAUACACGUGGACGACUUCGAAUCGCCGAAGCUGCUGGCCGAGUACCUGAAUAAACUCGACGAAGACGACGAGCUGUACAACGAGUACUUCCGGUGGAAGGGCACGGGCACGGUGAUCAGCGAAACUAGAUAUUACUGUCGGCUGUGCGCCAUGCUCCAUGACGAAAAACGUUCACCCAAGUACUACGAAGACAUCAACAAAUGGUGGAAUGGUUCUGGGGUGUGCAUACGUUGACACGAAAACGUAGCUGUGUCCGGAAUAACUACACCGAAGAAGUGGUGUGACACAGUAUAUGUAGUAGAGGGUCUAUUCGGUUGAAAUAUUUAUUUGUUGAGUGGAUAUGAACAACACUAUUAAUAUUAAUCACUUAUAUUUCACUAUAUAUAUACUAUCUGAACCAGUAAUACUUUGCCAUUGUUUGAUUUCAUUAUAAAAUAUUGCCCUGUCUGUGUAUAUUUAUUCAUCUGUGUAAAUAUAAAAAUGGAUGAUUUGUGUAUAAUCUAGAAUCUAUAACUUGUUGUAAAAAAAUGAAAGAUAGCAUACUGAUUUUAUUCCAUUAA